ACCCCCGUUCACGGGGAGGACCGGUCCGAGACGCAGUCUCUCGGCGCCGCGGGUCCGGGCCCGGCCCCCCUCCUGGGGUCCGAUCAGAUUAAGAAGGAGAGGGAGAUGUGCGCGAGCCCGGACCCGCUCCCCGAGCCGCGGGUGACAGCGGAGCUCGGCGGGGGGCCGGGCGUCGUGAAGGCGGAGCGCGAGCCCGCGCCGGUGUCCGCUCACGUCAAGCAGGAGGAGGAGGAGGAGCCGGGCGGGGAGCGGCUCGGGGGGGGCAGAGCUCCGAGCGGGAAGGGAGAGAGGGACCAGGACCUCCGAUACGGAGAGCCGAUCCCGGGCCCCUCUGCCCCCUCCUGGAGCGCCUCCACCCCGGAGUCCGCCGGGCCCGGUCCGGACGGCCCCCGCUGCCUGCGGUGCGGCCGGGCCUUCGGGAGCCCCGGGGCCCUCCGGGAGCACCAGCGCGCGCACGCGGGGGAGAGGCUGACCUGCCCCCAGUGCGACAAGACGUUCAGCUGCGCCCGGAACCUGACGGAGCACCGGCGCGUGCACACGGGCGAGCGGCCCUACGCCUGCGCCCAGUGCGGGAAGAGCUUCGCCCAGUCGGGCAGCCUGAAGAUCCACGCGCGCACCCACACGGGCGAGCGGCCCUACCUCUGCGCCUACUGCGGCAGGGGCUUCGGCAGCUCGGGGCACCUGCGGUACCACCAGCAGGCGCACACCGGGAGGAAGCCGUUCUGCUGCAACCAGUGCGGGAAGAGCUUCGCCCAGUCGGCGAGCCUGAAGACCCACCUGCGCGUCCACACGGGCGAGCGGCCCCACAGCUGCGCGCUCUGCGGCAAGGGCUUCAGCAUGCCGGGGGACCUGCGGCGGCACCUGCGCAUCCACACCGGCGAGCGGCCCUACUCCUGCGCCCAGUGCGGCAAGGGCUUCAGCGACCCGUCGGUCCUCAAGAUCCACCGGCGCGUGCACACGGGCGAGCGGCCCUACCGCUGCGCCCAGUGCGGCAAGGGCUUCAGCCAGUCGGGGGACCUGAAGAACCACCAGCGCACCCACACGGGCGAGCGGCCCUUCGCCUGCGCCCAGUGCGGCAAGAGCUACAGCCGCCUGGAGAGGCUCAAGGUGCACCGGCGCACCCACACGGGCGAGCGGCCCUACUGGUGCCUCCAGUGCGGCAAGGGCUUCGGCCGCUCGGAGUCGCUCGCCAAGCACAGGCGGGUCCACCAGCGCGAGGGCCCGGGGCCCGGCCCGUCGGGGGAGCAGGCGGCUUCGCCAGCACCGCCAACGCUUCACGGGGGCAGGAGGCUGUACCCCUGCGCCCAGUGCGGCAAGAGCUUCACCACGUCGGGCAACCUCAAGAUCCACCAGCGCACCCACACGGGCGAGUGGCCCUACGCCUGCCCCCAGUGCGGCAAGAGCUUCAACCGCUCGGGCGACCUGAAGGUGCACCAGCGCAUCCACACGGGCGAGCGGCCCUACGCCUGCGCCCAGUGCGGCAAGGGCUUCCGCCAGUCCGGGGACCUGACCAAGCACCAGCGCACCCACACGGGCGAGCGGCCCUACUGCUGCCCCCAGUGCGGCAGGAGCUUCAUCCACUCGGGCGACUUCCAGCAGCACCGGCGCGCGCACACGGGCGAGCGGCCCCACGCCUGCCCCCAGUGCGGCGAGCGCUUCAGCCAGCUCAAGAACCUCAAGGCGCACCAGCGCACCCACUCGGGGGAGCGCCCCUUCCUGUGCACGGCCUGCGGCAAGGCCUUCUCCGAGGCCAGGACGCUGCAGUGCCACCAGCGCAUCCACACGGGCGAGCGGCCCUACGCCUGCGCCCAGUGCGGCAAGGGCUUCAAGCAGCUGCGCUCGCUGAGGACGCACGAGUUCAUCCACACGGGCGAGAGGCCCUACCGCUGCCCGCAGUGCGGGAAGGGCUUCAAGCAGUCCGGCGACCUCAAGGUGCACCAGCGCAUCCACACGGGCGAGCGGCCCUACGCCUGCGCCGUCUGCGGCAGGGCCUUCAACCGCUCGGGAAUCCUCAAGGCGCACCAGCAGGUCCACACGGGCGAGAAGCCGCACCGCUGCGCCCAGUGCGGGAAGAGCUUCGGCCGGCCCGCCACCCUCCGGAAGCACCAGCAGGUCCACGCGAGAGAGUAGCGCCUAGCUCUCCGCUGAGCUCGCGGCCGGUCUCUCCCGACCUCCGGCGCGCCUUCUAGCGGGAGAGCCGGGGAGAGCACAUCGCCCCCACGCACUCCCGCCUUCUGAGCGUGUGCGCGCAACUUGAGUCACGGUGUCGCGACGCUGGUUUUCAAGACGGAUUCCCUCAGCUCCUCCAAAUGGAAACAGUGUGACCCACAAUGGGACCCACAGUGCCCCACAAUGGGACCGACAGUGUGACCCACAAUGCCACCCACAGUGACCAACAGUGUGACCCGCAAUUGGACCCACAAUGCCACCCACAGUGUGACCCACAGUGCCCCACAAUGCCACCCACAGUGACCGACAGUGUGACCCACAAUUGGACCCACAAUGGGACCCACAGUGUGACCGACAGUGUGACUCACAAUGCCACCCACAGUGACCCACAAUGGGACCGACAGUGUGACCCACAAUGCCACCCACAGUGACCAACAGUGUGACCCGCAAUUGGACCCACAAUGCCACCCACAGUGACCGACAGUGUGACCCACAAUUGGACCCACAAUGCCACCCACAGUGUGACCCACAAUGGGUCCCACAGUGUGACCGACAGUGUGACCCACAAUGGGACCCACAGUGACCCACAAUGCCAUGUGCCACCCACAAUAAGACCCACAAUGCCACCCACAGUGACCACGAGAUUCUUCCACCGAAGAGCAUUACCUCUCGUGCGAGGAGUGAGGGUCCUGACAUGCUCCUGACCAACGAAAGGAACACAUGCCCUGCCCUCAUGAAAGACUUGAAGUAGGAUAUUGGGGAAAAAAAAACUUGUGUGUGAAAGUUUUCACGCCACGCUACUUUCAGUUUGCUUUCAGUAGUGUGUGUAUCUAAGCACGUUCUCUCCAGCCGAAUCCGUGUCGGACUGGAGCAGGAGGAGAGAGAGCUGCCCGCGGUUCAGUGGAGGACACCAGCAGGCCGUGUGUUCGGACCAGCGUGACCUCGUGUGUGACUGACUCUCUCCCCACCCCGUGCUGUCUGAAACGCGUUUAUAUACCAGUAGCCCUGUAAAAGCAGAGCUCACGAUGUUCAGUCUUUGAUGUGUCAUUUUAACAAUAUUGUCCACGCUUGUGUUUUGGAGUUGGAGGUAUCAUCCUUGUAUCCACAUUUCCGCAGAGACGCGCGUGAGCAGAGCAGGUCCAGAUGACCAGAGACACUGGUUACAGCAGGCAGGCUGGGAGAUGGACCUUCUGAGCCGUGAACAGAUCGAUCACAGACUCGUGACACAGUCUCACAGAUUCUCGGCUCUCCGGGUGUGUGAUUGGGUGCUGAGCUCGUUGUUUGCCCCUCAGGCAGGAGCUGUAGUAGAGAGCCGAGGUGACUCCUGAUCGGACAGGUGUGAGUGAGGAAACACCAGGUGAUGAAAUGUUGAAAAUCACAGCCUUGAUUAAUCAGCUCACCCACUGAGCUGCUUCUUUAAUCUUCAGGGGUAUAUCUGCAGACCUCCUCACCUGCUGUACUACAGCUGUAUCUUGUCUUGAUUGUGGUUAUCGUAUAUCAUAGUGGUGUUCUACUGAAAGGAUUCUUAUAGCACACUACCGCACACUACUGCACACUACUGCACACUACCACACACUACUGCACACUACUGCACACUAACACACACU